UCUUCUUCUCUUCCUUUUUCUUUUCGGUCUUCUAUUGGUUAAUGGAGGACGUUUCUGCUAUUGCAGAAUAAAUAUUUUCGUAAUUUUGAGAAAAAUUGCCAAUAAAAAAUGAGUUUAGCCAACGCAAGACCUCUGGUCUCCGUCUACUCGGAAAAAAAUGAGCAAAUCAAAGAUAAGAACAUUUGCUUACCAGCUGUAUUUAAGGCACCUAUUCGCCCUGAUGUUGUCAACGACAUCCAUCAAUUGAUGCGUCGCAACAAGCGUCAACCUUAUGCUGUUAGCGAACAGGCCGGUCAUCAAACCUCUGCUGAAUCCUGGGGUACUGGUCGUGCUGUGGCCCGUAUUCCUCGUGUCCGUGGUGGUGGUACUCACCGUUCCGGCCAGGGCGCUUUCGGUAACAUGUGUCGUGGUGGCCGCAUGUUCGCCCCAACCAAGACCUACCGUCGCUGGCACCGUAAGGUCAAUGUAAACCAACGUCGUUAUGCUUUGGUUUCCGCCAUCGCUGCUUCUGGCGUACCAGCCCUUGUACAAUCUAAGGGUCAUAUAAUUGAUGGUGUCUCUGAAUUCCCCUUGGUCGUUUCUGACGAAGUCCAAAAGUUGCAAAAGACCAAGCAAGCUGUUGUGUUCCUUCGACGCAUGAAAAUUUGGGCCGACAUCCAAAAGGUGUACAAAUCGCAACGUUUCCGUGCUGGUCGUGGUACCAUGCGCGACCGUCGUCGCAUUGCCCGUCGUGGUCCUCUCAUCGUUUACUAUAAGGAUGAAGGUUUGCGUCGUGCUUUCCGCAAUAUCCCCGGCAUUGAAACCAUGUCUGUCGAUAAGAUGAAUUUGCUGAAGUUGGCUCCUGGAGGCCAUGUCGGUCGCUUCGUCAUAUGGACUGAAUCAGCCUUUGCUCGUCUCAAUGAAUUGUUUGGCACCUGGAAAUCUGGUUCCACCUUAAAGAAGGGAUACAACCUUCCCCAACCCAAGAUGGCCAACACUGACUUGUCGCGCCUUCUAAAGUCUGAAGAAAUCCGCAAGGUUCUUCGUGAUCCACGCAAGAAGGUCUUCCGUCGUGUACGUCGUCUCAAUCCAUUGUCAAAUGUUCGUCAGCUCAUUAAGUUGAACCCAUAUGCUGAGGUUCUUCGUCGUCGUGCUGCUUUGGCUGCUGAACAACGUACCAUUGCCAAGACCUUGGCCAAGGCAAAGAAGAACAACGUUGAAUUGGCUAAGAAUCACUUUGCUGUGGUUGCUACCAAAGCCGCUGCCAAUCGCGCUGCUAUGUUGAAGAAGGCCUUUGAAGCUAGAAAGAAGAAAGUCGCUGCUGCCCCCAAGAAGAAGUAAACUUUAAAAAAGUUUAUCUUAUCUAAAUAAGUAGUGGGAGUGUAUCUGUAAAUUCUUUUAAAGCUAACAAAUAUAUGAAUUUUUCAUAAAACAUAAAAAAGAAACAAAAUCUAUAAAACCCCAA